AUGUGGGUAUAAGCUUACUUUUAUUUUUUUGUUACUCCAUACUGUGUAAUCUUGUAAGGGUUGUGCAUGGAGUGUGUUAGGGGUCACUAGAUGUGCAUGCUUCAGGGGGAAAGAGAAGACCAGAUCUCACAGAACUUUGAAAUUACAGUGGAAUUCAUUAUGGGCAAUGGCCUUUAAAAAUGCUUAGGAAAAGUACAGAUAAUUGCCUUCCUUUUGGUACACCUUGCUCCCAUUUUCUUUGCCCAGGGUCAGUAUUUGGGUAUUAUGCCAUUUUCCCAGCAGGUUGAGUCCUUGAUUUCCGUUGAUUUCAGUAGUUAUUGUGUGCAUUAUGAAUCAGAUACACAAGGCAAAGGCCCAGUCUGCAAUUACUGCUGCUCCUUGGCAGGAGUUUAUUCAAUCUGUUCCUCUUGGCUAGACCUCUUAUCCUGGCUUUGUGGUCUUAUUUACAUUGUGAUGGCAAAGUUAUUUCCACUCCAAAGCGCUGUAGUGAUAUUGUCUAAAUGAUUCAGGACAAGAUAUAGCUAGGGAUCUGUGGAGACCUGAACUUAAUUUAAAUUCCGCAAGAACUAUCUGUUAUUUUCAGUCUUUAUUAUUAUUAUUAUUACUAUUAUUAUUAUUAUUAUUUUAAUUAAUAGAAGAUGUAGACUUUUUGGAUUGAGGGUUGAAACUUCUUUUCUUGAGAAAUACUGUUUGGUCUUCUGAGCCAUCGUGUGAAUGCCCUACUCCUGGACCUCAUAUGUAAAUAUUUUCCAUCAUAUUUGAUACCAUUCAUGGGUUAUGUAGAUGCAUAAUGAUGUGGGUGCAGUUUAUGCUUUAAAGUCUGAGUGCAGAGCCAUGGAUUUGGCAAAGAACUAGGGAAAAGUGCGUGUUUAGGGAGGAUCUGUUUCAGGAAAUCUUAAACCACACAAUUCCAAAUAUUCGUGCUGUAGAAUGUAAGUUUUUAUUGUUUGCUCUCUUAUUUUUUUGUACUUAAGAUAAAUUUGUCUCUUAAAACAGUUUUUUGGGGGAUAAGCACAUUCCUUGAACAAAGUACAUCCCACUGAAUUUCCAGUGGGAAUUCAAAUUAUUGUUUGUUUGCUGUCUAUCCAUGUGCAUGGUCGUAUCCCACAGUGGAGGUGAAGUAAGCUGUUCCUCAUUCAGUGAUUUGUGAUUGCCACUCGCAUUAGUGCACCCAAAAGUAAAAGUAAGGCUUUAUAUACUGACAUUUACUGUAGGGCAUUUUACACACAGGAACUUGUUACUUUACAGCAGUUUUGGUGUCCAAGUCCUAAUGUUGCCCCUGCCUUGGGUUAAUCAUUUUCAGAAUGUUGAUUUUAGAGUGCUUCAAAAAUUUGCCACUUGAAUCAGGCACGUGUGCCUACUGGUUGAGAGGAUUAUCUGAACAGUGAAUGUGAAGGGUAAGCAACAAGCCCUGCUGGCAGUGACACUUGUGUUUGCAGCAGACCGUGGUAUGUUGGCAUAAGGGUGCUUGAACGAGUCAGGGGAGGCAAUGAAAAAAUGCUUUGGAGGCGGAGUUGUUUAGAGGAGAGCUUAGCAGCAUGAGAAAUUCGAUCUCAAUAUUCUGAUAGAAACAGAGACCUACGUACCACUGUAGAAAGUCUGGUGAGGAACUCUAUUGAAUGUGUAACUUCAGUCUAAAAAGUACUCAUGUCAGAGCUCCCUGAAGAUGUGUGGCUCAUACUGCUUCAGACUGUCUGGACAUUUGUUGUUUAACUGCUGAAGCUUUCCUACCACUUGUUUCUUUCUUGAAGCCUUAAUCUAUUGAGGGAUCAGAAUUGGCUGCUAUGGAAUCAAGACCAACUAAAACAUGAGAAGAUGUAUUCAAGAUGAUCCAACCAGAAGAUUUUUCACUUCAUAGAAAUCUUAUUUUUGUUUAAUAUGUAAUAUAAUUUCACAAAGCCAGAUUCAGUUACUUUUCUUGAAAUUAAGACACGCCUGUGGCCUUCAUCAGAAAUGUUUCUAACAUUUUCAAGAAAAAAUAUGUCCCAGAAACUGAGUAUGUUUUUACUAGUUUUUGGAAUCAUCUGGGGUUUGAUGUUGCUACGCUACACUUUUCAGUAUCCAAGGCGCCAAAGCAGUGCUGAGUUGCGUGGACAGAUAUUAGAUCUCAGCAGAAGAUAUGUCAAAGCACUGGCAGAAGAAAAUAAAAAUUUAAUGAAUGGUGGCGGUGGAGCAUCUAUGGCAGGAUAUGCUGAUCUUAAGAGAACAAUUGCUGUUCUUCUGGAUGACAUCUUACAACGCCUGGUGAAAUUGGAAAACAAGGUUGAUUACAUUGUUGUGAAUGGCUCAGCAACAAAUACCACUAAUGGAACUAGCCAUCAGGCACCAGUAACUUCAAAUAAACGUGUAAAACCAGCCAGCAACAUUAGAUAGCAAACAGGGCUGCUUUGUGUUGCUACAUCUGUGAUGGGUAAUAUUUAAGAUAAGCUUUUUAUCUCUGGCUAAGGCAAAGCAGUAGUUGACUCUAAAAGAAGCAUAAACUAUUCUAUUAUACUAUGUGCUGGAUUUGUGUAGGCCUAACAUAUGUGCUUAGGUUCUCAAAGCAUUAUUUCAUUGCCUUUGAGCAGUACUUCUGAAGUGAUCUUUGUUGUCUUUAAAGAUAUUUUGAUAUCAUGAUUUGAUGUAGUAUGCCAUCGGAUAAUAAAGCUAUGUGGAAAGCAGUGGGGAACUUAUAGGUAGGUUUAUAAAUAUAUUUAUUUAAGUAUGAAUAUAACAUAUUUUUUGGAUAGGUGAGAAGCAUUGUAGCUUAUUAAUUUUUUGUGAUCUACAUUUAAGCCAAGGUAACUAAGGAAAAUGCGUUGUUAAGCAGAUGUUAGAAAAUGUGUAUACUUAAAAUAUUUUGUUACUUAACUACUAAACAAUAUUAAAUUGAGGACAACAUUGGUGGUAAUAUUUUAAAAUUGUGACCCAAAGAAUGUCUUUAUUUGCACUAUCUGUCAGAAUAGUUGAAGAGAAUUUACUGUAUAUUUAAGAAAAUUAAUUAUAAGAGGAAAAUAUUAUAGGUAGUAACACUGUCCAGGUUUAUCUUUGUGCCAGAGUUAAGGCAGUUAGAUUAUCAAAAGCAAAUCAUAAUCUGUGAUAUCUUAGAUGAUUGUUUCUUACAAAGAUAUUUAAGUGUAUGUAUUUUGUAAUUGCAGAUGAAAUUAUUUAAGUGACGGAAAUAAGUUUUGGAUAUGCAAAUACAGUUUAUUUUUAUUCAUUGGUGAUUGUUUUAACAAUUUAAUACCUUGCAAUUUGUGAUGAGUAUAGCACACGAUCUCCCUGAAUUGCUUUCUUGAUCAGAAGGAAAAUCAGUGAAGGGAAACAAGGCAUCUCUGCAUUUAACAGAGUUAUAUAUACGAAGGGUGUCUAGUCAUGGAGUAUUUGAGAGGUAAGGUAAUAUUUGCCUUAUGCCUAAGUUAGUCUUACAGCAAAGUGAAAUGCAUUCAGCAUGGAUGCACUGUAUUUCAAAAUGUUCCUGAAGUCAUAUUUAAGUGCCACUGAACCUGUUUUUUAAAUCGUAGUGAAUGUUUGGUGGGGAUAGAGGAUACGUUCAGAGACUUUUGCCAAAAGUGUCGUGUGAGUGGGGUUUUGGGGGUGGGUAAAACCAGAGGUGCUGGAUGAUACACCAUCCAGAGUUAUGUGUUUUUUCUUUUCUUCUGUUUCCCUGCUGAUAUUCUUGAUGGUUAUAAAAGAAAAUACACUUGCAACCUUCAUUAGUAUCCAGAGGAUUUUUUUUGGUCACAUUGUGUGUAAACAUGUACUCACUUCAAUGCAGAAAGAGAAAUAAAUUUUUAAUUGUACUUGUAAA